UGCUUGCUUACACGUCAAAUGAUUUGCUGGGUCUUUUCGAUAAAAUGUUCUUUAUUUAUCGCUAAAAGUGAUUGAAUAUAUAAUUUAAAAGUGUAGAUAAUAAAAAUAAAAACAUUGGAAACGUUUGAUGCGCAGACAUAAUACAUAAUCAUUCCUUAGACAUAACAACUAAUGCAUUAAAAUAGGCUAAGCUUAUCAGAAAAUGGGUGGUCUAUUUAGUUACUUCAGAGGGUUGUUAGGGGCGCGUGAAAUGAGGAUUUUGAUUCUCGGCUUGGAUGGUGCCGGGAAGACUACGAUAUUAUACAAACUGCAAGUCGGCGAGGUGGUGACGACCAUACCAACCAUCGGUUUUAACGUAGAACAAGUCACAUACAAAAAUUUAAAGUUUCAAGUGUGGGAUCUUGGUGGACAAACCAGUAUUAGGCCUUACUGGCGGUGUUACUAUGGGAACACAGAUGCAAUAAUAUAUGUAGUUGAUUCAGCAGAUAGAGAUCGAAUAGGUAUAUCUAAAGAUGAACUGGUACACAUGCUGCGGGAGGAGGAGUUAGCCAAUGCGAUUCUAGUAGUGCUAGCGAACAAGCAGGACAUGGCGGGCUGCCUGACCGUGGCCGAGGUCCAUCAGGCGCUGGGGCUGGACGCGCUGCGUGACCGCACCUUCCAGAUCUUCAAGACGUCCGCCGUGCGCGGCGAGGGGCUCGACCAGGCCAUGGACUGGCUGUCCAACGCGCUGCAGGCACGGAAAUAACAUACGAUGGAAGAGUAAACAGUUGUGGACACGUGAUACAAGAAGGCUUGAAGUGCAAGUGCGCGAUGGACAGACAUAAAAUAGUCACAUGUAACGCCAUUAGUUUUAGCAUUAUACGCCGCCGCCACGCCACCGAGUGCAAUACAAUACUGUGAAGACGGGCUUAGGGUACCAGGAUCCUCGUGCGUGAUCUUAAUCUAUUUAUUUUGUACGUAACAAGCCCGAUACAAGACUAAUGGUAUGCAAUUUCAGAUUCUUUGAUCAUAGUCGAUCCCUAUUGUAAUUAUUUGUAAUACUAAAUAAAAGUAUAUUUCUAAAGUUAAUAUUGAAUUUGUCGAAAUUUGUAAUAGUAAUAAUUUGUUAUGAAAUAAAAUUACGAAUGUGUUUUGGUACUUAAAGUUAGAAUUUCGACAUGUUCAGGAAUUAAUAUAACCCAAAAUUAUUAAAGCAUCGUCAAUCGUUACUGUAUGGUGUUAACAUAAAGACUGUAUUACCUAACUAUCAUGUUGUCUAAUUACAACAAUUUAACAUUUCCAAUUUUUUCGCUUAAAAAUAUCUCAUGCCUACGUAUUUUUUUUUCCUUGCUCUUAUAACAAUGAAUGAAUAGAAAUUGUUAAUUGUCGAUUUAUGUGACUUUCAAAAAUGAUAUUCUUAACGUAAUUGAAAAGUCAGUCCCCAUUUUUUGAAUUCGAAGUAUAAAACACUUUGUAUUCCAUCAAAUUCGUGGAGGAUGGAUGAUGUGGAUCCGAUCUCUGUCAACGUUAAAUAUCAGCGCAACAGUUGUGACCAGUGGCGGCGGCGGACCUUAUGUAAUAAAAUAUGUUUUGUAGCGGGAUCGUGCGCGUGCGACGACGGAUGUACCUAUACAUAAGUUAUUAUUAAUUACUAUUAAUUAUUAUAUAUUUUGUAUCAGUGACGUUCACCAAGCUAUAAUUUAUAUUAUUAUGCGGUAAGAGAGAAAGAUUGUUCCAAAUACAAUAUCAUGUAUUAUUA